CGAAAAUCCUAAUGGGUGCUCAUGCUGUGCAGAGGAGUCCAUGGCCGAGAGGAAAAGCACUGGGAGGCUCGAGUGUGAUCAACUACAUGAUCUACAUUCGGGGCAACCCACACGACUACGACCACUGGGCACAAAACGGGUGCGAGGGAUGGUCAUGGAAGGAAGUGUUCCCGUACUUCCUCAAAUCAGAGGACAACCGAGAUCCUGCCGUUCUGCAAAAUGGGCACCAUAAUCACGGCGGCCCCCUCACUGUAUCUACCCCAGCAUACGCGACGCUAUUGGGUCACGCCUUCAUUGAUGCCGGUCUUCAACUAGGCUACCCAAACGUCGACCUCAACGGACCCCAGCAAACAGGUUUUGCCAUACCGCAAGGUACCAUAAGGCGAAGCGCCAGAUGCAGCACAGGCAAGGCGUUCGUGAAGCCUAUUCGUCAUCGAAAAAACCUGCACAUCACUCUCUACUCAGUUGCCACCAAGAUCCACUUCGACGAGUGGAACAACGCCCGUGCCGUCCAAUUCGAGCGCUUCAAGGUGCCCCACAUGGUGUUCGCCCGACGAGAGAUCAUCCUGUCGGCUGGAUCCAUCGGCAGCACCCAGCUCUUGCUCCUGUCCGGCAUCGGACCGAAACACGACCUGCAUCAGCUGGGAAUUCCUGUCAUCGCCGAUCUACCAGUGGGACACAACUUACAAGACCACAUCUACCCUGGCGGCAUGAACUUCCUAGUUGAGGAGCCGGUGUCUAUGGUCCAGACUCGAGUGUUCAACCUCAAACAAAUCCUCCGCUAUCUCACCAUAGGGAAAGGCCCUCUGACACUUUUGGGCGGUGUUGAGGGUCUGGCAUUCAUCAACACAAAGUACGCCAACAAAAGCAUGGACUGGCCGGACAUCGAAAUCCACUUUUUGUCUGGAUCGCCUGUAUCCGACGGAGGUCAGAUAUUCAGGCGUACCGAAGGCAUUGCUGACGAGCUUUGGGAGAAAGUUUACGCACCUUACGUUUAUGCGGACACAAUGUCCGUGUAUCCGGUACUGCUGAGACCCAAAUCUCGAGGAUUCAUCAAGUUGCGGUCCCGGAACCCCCACGACCCGCCUAUCCUGGACCCAAAGUACCUCAGUCACCCAGACGACAUCAUGACACUAGUUGAUGCAAUGAAGUUCUCAAUGGCGGUGGCCGAAGCGCCAGCUUUCAGGAAGUACGGCGUUCGUAUGUGGGACUUGCCGUUCCCCGGAUGCGACCACUACAAGCACCUUAGCGACGAGAACCUGGCGUGCAUGGCGCGGUCCUUCACCAACACUAUUUACCACCCUGUCGGCACGGCAAAGAUGGGACCAGCUUGGGACCCGACCACAGUAGUGGACCCACAGCUUAGGGUCAAAGGGGUGCAACGACUGCGGGUCAUCGACGCCUCCAUCAUGCCCACGAUCGUGUCGGGCAACACCAACGCGCCGGCGAUCAUGAUCGGCGAGAAAGGGGCUGACAUUGUCAAGGCCGCCUGGGCCCACCACAGCAACUUCCACGAGCAGUUGCACGAGGCUGCCAAGCGCAAGAGGUGACCACGGUCGGCCGAGAGCCGCGCGAAGCAGCGGCCGCAAGCGCUGCAAGCACUCUUGCCAAAGACUGUUGCCGAGGCAUUUCUCACUAUACGCCAGCGCCACAAACACGUGCCGUGUGCUGUGCACAAGGACUCAUAGACCGUCGGGCCCAGCGCCGGGGACAAUAGAUCUGUGAGCACUAACAGCUGAGACACGCACGCACUGACCUCGCCAAACGCACGCAAGCCACUCCACGUACUGCCUUCGGCAUUUCGGGAUUAUAUGCUGUUGAGCGCCGAUAACACAUCACCUGUGUAUUCCAAACUAUUCACCAACUCGAAACUCCACGUCGACACAAAUAUCUACGUAGCCUUACAAGCAAAUGUUCUAAAAGACUUGCAUGUAAGAUCCCUUCAGUGAUGAUGAUGAUUAUGAUGAUGACUUAUUGGCAUCCCCUCUGAAACGGGGUGGUGAAAAAUAUUCACCUGGAUUGGUUGAGCUAAUCAGGUAUGUUAUACAUGCUUUUCAGUCUAGCAGUCUGCCUAUAUCUGCUCAAUCUUCUUUCUCCUGCUGGUAGCUUCUAAGCCUGCCUUGUGCCGUUACCUAUACCUAUAACAGAUCUUGUCCUAUAAAUGUUUUUCGUCAUCUGUCGAUCACAAGGAUUAUUGGUGACAGUUCCGCCCAUUGAAUGAAGUGACACUACGCCUUAAUAAUCAUGGAGUCAGAGAUUGGGUGGUCGGUGCUGCAUAAUCUCAGAGGUAAUGCAAUCCUUUUCCACGGUUAUUUAUCAACGAAUACUUUGUAAUCAGGCAAUUUCAUCGUGUUCAUGAAUGCACGGGAGUAAUGAUGUGUUUCUCAAACAGCUUCUUAUUGGAGUCGCUGAGGGGUGCUACUGAAGAGAAGGAAGUUAGUGGUGCUGGGCUCCACUUGGUGUAGUCGAAGAAGAGCUUCAAGUCCCAGGACUUCUGUGAUCACAGGGCUUAAAAUAAUAUGUAGCAUCACUUUCCAUCAUCACUUUCGUAUACAAUUCGUCCCGUCAUGACACUGCCGGAUUUACACCAUUUUACCUGUUGUAUGGCCGCGACCCCACCUUGCCCUUUGACACGUUGCUACCUGCCGCAGUACAAUUACCCAGCACCUCCACCAAAAUGUUGCAGGAAGAAAGCAGGCCCACGAGUAUAACAUAAUGUAUAUUUACAACAGAGGUAUAUGGCGUUCAGGCAACUGCCAGACUUCAUCUUCCUCUAGUCCAAUUCAACUUCUUCCUUCUCUUCACCGUAACAAUAUUGACAUGCAAGAAUUGCAGGCAUUAAGAAAAGCAAAACAUACGUUCUCGUUGCUCGUUGGAGCACCACCCGCGAGAAGCCCAGCGGUAACUUGGCCGAGACCUGUCAUACCGCCGCAGUGUGGAGUGGCUUGCGCACAUGCGGCAAAGACUGUAACGUGCUUAUAGGUGUUGUUGUUCCCCUUCGCCCAAGAAGACAGGCCUUCAGCACUGAGAUCGGCAACAAUACGCUCUGCUGUGGCCACAGAAGAUCACCACGAGGAAUACGCGGAAGAAAGCCAGUGCUGGGCUAGCGAAGAACUAGACUGCAUGGAUUUUCGCUGAAGACCAGUCGGAAGUUGCCGUUAGUUGGGUCUUCGGCCAUUCCUUACGCUUUCACAAACUUCAAACAUUAACCGACACUCACCACCACCGUAUGACUGACAACAGAAAAGCAAGAGUGACAAUUUGUGGAGUUGUUCUGAAGAUUGGAGUGCCUUAAACGUGCGCGGGAUCUGAAGACUUCGCUUCGUGUUCCACUUGGUGUGUAGAAUGUUUGAUUGAGUCUGCGAUGAAAGCAACCCGGACAACGUGCUACCAUCGUGAAUGCAGAAGUCAGGAUUUGUACUUGGAGUGGUGUAAUGAUACCGUGGUGAAAUUCCUGUUGUACUAUACAAGUAGAGCUGGGCUCGAGGUUUAACGCUUUCUGAGUGCGAACGCACAGGCUGGCAAAACCGCUGCAGAUUGGCAUUAUGUUGUACGGCGCUAUACAAAUAGUUCCGCCGUAGUUUCCUGAGGCCCCAAGCUUUCGCACGGCACCAUGCGACCGUGUACCCAUUGCACCAGAGCAAGGAAGGAUAAGGGCAUACGGUACUAUAAUGUUGUAUGCAAUGGUUGCGGUUCGCUACAGUUCUCUGAAAGAGCCUGAGCGUUUUCUUGACACGUUAUGACUAACUGCGCAAAGUGGCUCGUAUGACCUUUGUACAUUACUGCUGCCAAUGUGCAACUCCUGAGCGGCCUAUCUGAUGGGCAAGCCAACGCAAUUGGUAAAAUGCAGUAAAGGCAUGCGAGAAUAAAGUCAACUGCGUCGCAGAUCAUCUAUUUUUCAUGAGGCUUUCAAGAGUAAUACUUCAUGCAGAUAAUGCUGCAUUUACCUCUCAAUACGAAGGUAUGUAUUUUUUGUUGUAUAAAUGCGUGUACAGAAAAAUGCAUCCCUCUUGCAGGACUAGCACAUGUUUUGAAGAUCUAAUUAAUUUGGAUUAACAAUCUCUUGCCAUCUGUUGUAAAGUUUCAGCAGCAUCAAGUGUCGGAUAGCGCCUCGCAAUUCUUUGCGCCUUGAUAGUAAAUAAUAUUCAAAUAAGCCGAUCUACAAAUUCCAUUCAUGAUUAAAAAUCUAUUAUGUUUUCAUUUACCUUUUCAACUAAUGCACGUAACCCAAUAUGCAGCCUAGCAACACUAUUAAAAUAUGACGGCAUUGUAUCCGAUAAAGUGGGGAUCUUAGCUGCCUGGUUUUCCUUUUCUGCCUAUACUACCUCAAGCAUCAUGAUAAUGUCAAGCUAAAUGCGAAGCCACUUACGUAGGAAAGCUCAAUCGCUCAGCAAACACUGGAAUUUAGAGCAGCAUGCUUUUAUGCAUAGAGAUGCGGUCUUUUACUCCGUACUACUUGCAUGAACAUAGGCCUUAAAAAGCUCAAGGCAAUCAAUAUAUGAUUUUAACAAUAUUCUGUUGAGGUUCGCCAACUUGUACAGAUUUCACCAACCUUUAUGUGAUCUUUUUAUCUGUACAAAUAACUUAUGAUAGCCUUGCUUCCCUUCGUUUCCAUCCCUAAAUGCUUAGAACAAAAAUUAAAUGUUCAUGUAGUGUUUAACAAUGUUACUGCAAUCUGAGAAUUUGCGAAAUAUGAUGUACAGACUGCCACCAGUGUGCCCCGACAUUUCUUUUUCUGGUUCAACAUUGUUUGGGCAUCCGUAAUGUUUUAGUGGUAACUGCAAGAAAUAUAGUGCAAAAAACUAUUGUCUGAAACGUAAGGCAGAUGAUCUGAUAUGUCGAAUUCGCUGACGGGGCUCACAUAGCAGGAUUUUUUGCAGUUUCAAAUUGCUUUCUUAUGGAAAAGUGCAUACGUUGGCAUGUCUGUUUCUAUGGACUGCAUACUAAAUAAGAAAGGAAAAGAAGAAAAGAAACUUGAAAAUGAGGCGCAUGUAAGUUCUAAUUGCUUGUAGGACAUGGAGCGCAGCGGCAGCUAGCUGUAGGGCCAACAGUUGAUUCUAACCAAACAUCAAUAGCUUUCUCAAGUAUUACGGUAUACACAAGAAAGCCUGUCAUCAUGACGUUCACCACUUGCAAGUAAAAUCUGCUGGAGCUGAAAGUGACAAUCAAUUCUUGCACAUACUGUGAUUUACUAGACUUCGGUGUUUUUGUGUGGCUGGCUUCGAUUCCAGAAAGCUCGACGCUUCGUUCCAGCUUCCCUGAAGUUUUAAGUCACUGUGGUAGAAUGCGUUCUCUUCAACCCCACGUCGAGCAACUUCUUCAGCGAAAUAUAUGUACUGUGAAGUUUGUGCUUGGGCGUUAAUCGUUUUCUAUUACAUUUUGGUUUCCUGCGUGUGUGUGUAUGUGUACCGUAGUGUGCUGGCGUCCGCGACAGUGGUUGCGAAAAGAGAAAAUGAAUUUUCGUUUGUGCUUUGCAGCUUUCUCCACUGAUGUUGCUCGUAAGCGACUCUUUUUCCGCAAGAGACCUUCCUUGGAAGAGUGCCUCGAUGUCUUUUUCGCUUAAUUUUCUGUUGGUGGUUUAAUUCGCCUCGCAAGAGGCUAUGCUUGGUGGCCGAGGCCAAAUGUUUUGCAUCUGUAAUUUAAUUAUUGCAGCUUUUGUCCAUAAAAAAUCAUCUAUCCUGAUUCUUGCGUGUCCAAGGAAGUAACAUUCAUUCGUCUAAUAAACCGCGUGAAUUAGGACGUGUUAAGGGCACCAUUUCAGGAUGAUAUGAGUUAUAUGGUGGUUAAAUUUCUUGUUCAGCUUUGUUGUUCUGCGCUUUUAUAUUAUAGUUCAGGCGAAAUUUUUGUUGUGUACACUGGUGACAAUGGCUUGCUCGAAGAAUACUCUUUGCUGACACUUGUUCAAUAAAAAUGACCGCAAGCGUUAUUUGUA